AUGGCGACUCCGGAAGACGAGACGAGAAAGCCGUCAGUGCUAAUAGUUGGUGGCCUCGUGUGCGCGACAGGCUACAUCGGGCGAUUCCUUGCCAAACAUAUUCACGACCACAAUCUUGCUUCUUCUGUUCGUUUGGUCGACAAAGUACUCCCUCAGCUGGCCCACCUGGCACCCGAAUUCUCCGAGUCAUGUGCCCAGACUUUCUUUGUCCAGGCCGAUGCCUCUCGCCAAACAUCCAUGGAUAGGAUAUUCGAACAUCCAGAUGGACCCGAGAAGACAUGGGACUACGUAUUCAAUCUGGGUGGAAACACUGCAUGGUCCAGAACAGCAGAGGAAUACAAGCUGCAAUCGACACAGCUGAGCAUUACACUGGGCAAAGAAGCUGCCAAACGCGGGGUCAAGGUCUUCGUCGAAGCCAGCACUGGUAUGGUCUACAGCCCUGAGAGGAAACCACGGACAGAGCAAGAUAAGCUUAAACCCUGGCUCAAGCUGGCGAAGGCCAAACUCGAGGCAGAGCAAGAGCUGGCCCGUAUUCCUGGCCUCAACCUCAUCAUACUCAGGUUUGCCCAUGUAUAUGGUCCAUAUAAUGCUGGCUUCUGUGCUAAGAUGCUCUGUCUUGCCCGGGUAUACCAGGAGAAGAAAGAAGAAUUGAAAUGGCUGUGGACCGAAGAUCUUCGCAUCAACACCGUCUACAUCAACGAUGCGGUCAGAGCGCUCUGGGCUGCUGCUCAGUGGAGACAAAAGAACUCUGUCAUACCCGAGGGCUCUGUUCCGCAGGGUAGCCGAAGGCCAACGCUCUCGUCCAAGGGAGAGGAUGCGCCAUCCGGAAACGUUCCAAUAUUCAACAUCGUCGAUCGUGGUCAAACCUCUCAAGGGACCGCCGCAGAUGUGGUCGGCAAAGUAUUCGAAAUCCGGACCGGCUUUCAGGGCUCUAUGAUCUCUCAGCUCGCCAAGCUUAAUCUUGAACACGUCGUCGAUGAUCUCAACGAAGACGUUUUGCAGCCAUGGGACGAUAUGCUCGCGGCCAAAAACAUCACUAAACCGGGGCCCCUGACCCCCUUCCUGGAGAAGGAGCUUCUGAAAGACACGGAUCUCAGUCUCGAUGGAUCGCUGUUUGAAAAAGUGGCAGGUUUCGAAUAUGAGAAACCACAAGGCCUCACCGUCGAUGGCGUGAAGGAGAUGAUCGCAAGCUACGAGAAGAUGGAAUGGUGGCCUUGA